ACACCCUGGCGACUUGACAACGGCAUCACUCGGGCAAUGUAAUCUAGGCUGUCCGGUUAAGUUUUUUUGCAACAAAUGCAGGUCUUACUGGGAGAUGAAGACACCAGCGUUGACUGAUAUUGUUAAUUAAAGGGAAACCCGGUGGAUUAAAAGGUUCGCGCAUUACAUCUGAACAUCUACGUGUCUUCCCCGUGGAUCGAGCCAUGGACGGACCGCUAACGGACUUCCAGACCUCGGGCGCCGGCUUCCAGCAACUAUGUCCUAGCUAACAGCAGCGCGGCCCCCUCCCCUGUCUACUCUUUUCUUUAAACCCCAGCCCUCCCCUCCCUCUCUCUGGCGCCAUGAGCAUCCUGCACCAGCAGCAUCCUGGCAGCACCGGCUCGGAGCGAGACCUCCACUCCGCUGCCUCCUCCGUCAGCCUCCCCUCGGUCAGAAAGACCCCUAAGAAGCGCCGCCUGUCCCUUCACUCGCUCUUCAGCCGCCGGCGCCGCCCUGACCGGGACACCAAGCGCAAGUCAAGGCCUCCGCAGGCCGGAGCCGGCACGGACAGCGCGGUCAUCACAGAAAGCGCCCAGCCGGAGGCGGUGUUCGACAAAACCUCCGCCCACCGUGCACCGGUUGCAUUGUUGACUUUGCCGGCAUCUGGCCCCGCCGCCUCCUCCUCCUCCUCCUCUCAGUUGGAGCUGCUGGAAUGCCCGCUGUGUCUCCUGCGCCACGCGCGCGAACUCUUCCCGGACAUCAUGACCUGUCACCACCGCUCCUGUGCCGACUGCCUGCGGCAGUACCUGCGCAUCGAGAUCUCCGAGUCCCGCGUCAACAUCUGCUGCCCGGAGUGCGCCGAGCGGUUCAACCCCCACGACAUCCAGAUGAUCCUGGGGGACCGGGCCGUCAUGGAGAAGUACGAGGAGUUCAUGCUGAGGAGGUGGCUGGUGGGGGAACCCGACUGCCGCUGGUGCCCGGCGCCAGACUGUGGAUACGCAGUCAUUGCGUUUGGCUGCGCCAGCUGCCCAAAGAUUACCUGUGGGCGUGAGGGCUGUGGGACAGAGUUCUGCUACCACUGCAAACAGCUGUGGCAUCCCAACCAGACGUGUGACACCGCACGGCAACAAAGGGCCCAAACCCUCCAGUUGAGAAGUUUCAGGUCCUCCUCCCUCAGCUACAGCCAAGAGAGUGGAGCCGCAGGUGACGACAUCAAGCCGUGCCCUCGCUGUGCCGCCUACAUCAUCAAGAUGAACGACGGCAGCUGUAAUCACAUGACCUGUGCCGUCUGUGGCUGUGAGUUUUGCUGGCUGUGUAUGAAGGAGAUCUCCGAUCUCCACUAUUUAAGUCCUUCAGGCUGCACAUUCUGGGGGAAGAAGCCCUGGAGCAGAAAGAAGAAAAUCCUCUGGCAGCUCGGCACGUUGGUGGGUGCACCGGUGGGCAUCGCCCUCAUAGCCGGCAUUGCCAUCCCCGCAAUGAUCAUUGGCAUCCCAGUCUAUGUGGGCAGAAAGAUCCAUAACCGCUACGAGGGCAAGGACCUCUCUAAACACAAGAGGAACCUGGUAAUAGCGGGUGGUGUUACGCUGUCUGUGAUCGUGUCGCCUGUAGUAGCUGCAGUCACUGUUGGGAUUGGGGUUCCCAUCAUGCUGGCGUAUGUCUACGGAGUCGUCCCGAUCUCACUGUGCCGAAGUGGUGGCUGUGGAGUGUCUGCUGGCAACGGCAAAGGGGUCCGGAUAGAGUUCGACGACGAAAAUGAGAACAUAGGGAGCGGGGCGGCAGCCACGGACACAACCUCUGUGGCGGAGACUCGGCUCAACAAUCCCAGCCUCGGAGAUGGAGCGAGUGUUGGAGGCCUGACGGGCCUGAGCCUCAGUGUCAGCGGGAGCCACAUGGAGCGCUGCGGCAUGAGCUCCACCCAGCGAGACAACAUGAGCGACAACGCUAGCACCACGGCUCUCGCCGGGACCAGCAUCACUGGCAGCCUCACUGGCAGCUGCUACAACAGGAUGGAAGUGCAGGCUGAUGUCCAGAAGGAGCGCUGCAGUCUGAGCGGGGAGUCGGCCACCGUCAGUCUGGGGACAAUCAGUGACAACGCAAGCACAAAGGCCAUGGCAGGAUCAAUCCUGAAUGCCUACAUGCCACUGGAAAGAGACAAUAGUCUGGAUGUCCAGACUGAUGCGGAGGAGAAGGUGAGGCACUGCAGCGCCAGCAGCAGCCUGGAUGAGACCAGCUGCAGCAGCAGCACCGCCGGCCUUAAAGGCGCCACCGGUGGCACGUGCCUGUGCAGCACACAGCACGACAACCGUUGCUGCCCCUCGUCCCCCUGGUCAAAAGAGCCUUCCGCUUCAGGAAGCAAGAAGAGGAGAGGAAAGCUCUGGAAAAGAGGCGGCAGCAGCAGCAAAGGAGACCCAAAGAUGAACGAGGGUCGAGGAGAUGUGGACGCUCAGCUUCUGGAGCGGCGCAGCACCAACUCCUCAGAGUUCGAUCUGCCGUCUCUGAGUGGCAGCCUGCCCUCCGUGGCCGACUCGCACUGUAGCCGCUUCUCGUCGGAGCUCAGCUGCUCCGACCCUGAAACCUCGAGGCCGACUCAGCCGCCCUGCUCCGCCCCGGCGGACCCCCGCCAUCAUCAUCAUCAUCCCGCUGUCUCCUUAGGCGCCGUCGCGCCCAUGCCCGAGGUGGAGAACGACCGCCUGGAGCAUUGUCCACCUCAGAGUAGCCACGAAGCCUUCACCCGCCACGGCCUGCUGUCGUCGUCGUCGUCUCCCCCCGCUUCGCCCAGAGAGGGGUGCAGUGGGACGUUUCUGCACAUCAGUGAGGAGAGCAGUGCCGUUGCCGCCACGGACCCAGAGGACGACGAGAAGACAAAAGACACCACCAAAAACUCAGCCGCGCAGCCUGUAAGCCCGACCCGAAACCGCUGCAUACAAACCGAAAUCUGAAGAAGCCCUCCUGCUCUUCGGGUGUCGGCGGCCUUACCGCAUCAUUCCACUGUUCAGUGACACCCCUCCGUGAACCUUGAGAGGCUGGUGGUCAAUUUUCUGUGUGUGUGUGU